AUGACACCAAUUACAAAGAUGGACAGCUGGCUCAAACAAAAACGGUGCAGAGUCCUAGACGGAGCUUUAGGAACAGAGUUGGAAAAGCUGGGUAUUGAUAUCAAGAGUCGAUUGUGGUCAGGAAAAGCUCUUUUCUAUUCUCCAGAGACUAUUACUCAAAUCCAUAGCAGCUAUAUUCAAGCAGGAGCUGAGUUGAUAUUAACAUGUACUUAUCAAUUGAGCGACCAGGGACUGAAAGAUUUAGGGAUUGACGAUCCUGAUGUGUACGACAGGGCUGUGAAGCUGGCUAAAGAUGCUGUUGACCAGAAUGAGGGAGAAAAUAAAGCCAAAAUCGUUGGUUCAAUAGGUUCCUAUGGUGCCUAUUUAUCGGGAGGAGAGGAGUACACUGGAGAGUAUGGAGCUAUUAGCAAGUCAGAGUUGGAAGAAUUUCAUAGAGUUCGAUUACAAAGUCUGCUCACAAAUCCAGAUGUGGAUUUGAUAGGAUUUGAAACUAUCCCUAAUAUUUUGGAAGCAGAGACUUUGGUUGUCCUCUUCAAUGCGUUAGCGACCAGUUUGAAUGUUGAUAAAGGAUAUUACAUGUCGUUUAAUUGCAGGGAGGAGAGCAAUCAAUCUGUAAUCGCAGAUGGCACCUCCAUACCGGAAGUAUCCGACAGAUUGUCCAAACUUGAUGUAUCCAGAAUGUAUGCCAUAGGUACAAACUGCUGCAGCAUCAGCACUGCUAACGGGGCAGUGGAGCUAUUCUCUAAACAUACAAACCUUCCAUUGAUCGUUUACCCCAAUUCUGGGGAGAGAUAUGACAAAACUGAAAAAAAAUGGCUCCCUGGUGAAUGCGACCAAAAAAUAACUGACAUCGUAGUCAAUUGGCUGCAACUGAAUGUAAAGAUCAUUGGAGGAUGUUGUCGGACCAAUCCCCACUUUAUUCGUCAACUUAGAGAUAUAGUCGACAACAGUAGCAGAAGUGGAUGA